CUCUUGUCAGUGCUAUGGUCGUCCACAUACGCGGUUGCAAUUUCAGCACCACAGACAGCUCUCUCCGCAGCUCCAGCGUCAGCACCGAUGCCACCCUGUGGGACUCCCCGGCUCCCCAGAGACCCGGCGAGUUGAGCCGGACCGGCCACACGGUGGUGGCAGUAUGCCUCGGCUUCAUUUUAGUAGCGGGAUUCCUCGGCAACUUCUUCGCUCUUCUUAUCUUCGCAAAGUUUCGCUCCCUCUGGACGCCCAUCAAUCUCAUCCUGUUGAACAUCAGUCUGAGCGACACCCUCGUGUGCGUUUUCGGGACACCCUUCAGUUUCGCCGCCAGUGUGCACGGGAGGUGGCUCAUUGGAGAUUAUGGCUGCAAGUGGUACGGGUUCGCCAAUUCCCUCUUUGGGAUUGUGUCCCUGGUGUCCCUCUCUGUUCUCUCCUAUGAGCGCUACACCACCGUGCUGCAUUCCUCGACGGAUGACAUCUCAGACUUCAGGAAAGCAUGGCUCUGUGUCGUAGGCUCCUGGCUGUACUCUCUCCUCUGGACCUUGCCUCCCUUUCUGGGUUGGAGCAGCUACGGGCCCGAAGGACCCGGUACCACGUGUUCCGUCCAGUGGCACCUCCGUUCACCCACGAGCGUCUCAUAUGUGUUGUGUCUUUUCAUCUUCUGCCUGCUGCUGCCCCUUCUACUCAUGGUCUACUCUUAUGGCCGAAUCCUGGUUGCAAUCAGGAGGGGAGACGUUCCCUCAACUGAUGGAAAAGCUGCUUUUCUCUCAUCAGACAAGCAAGAAACAUCCUAUAGAGCCGCGGCACGCAUGCUAGUUGACAAAUCAAGCAAAUCAAAGAAAUCUGCCGAGGGUUAUCUCCAGUGGGCCAUCGACCACUCGUUACUUAGAAACAUCAACUACUACCGCAACAGUUGGUUGACGAUCCUGGAGACUGGUGACUACUAUGUCUACUCCAGGGUGACCUUCUCCAAGGGUGACUCUAAGGUCCCACUGACCAGCAUUAUCAAGCUGAGGAAGACAGAGACAGGAGAGGAGAAGGACGUGAUGCAGGGCUACUGCAAUCUGGACGACCACCGUGGGUCUCCGCCAGUCCCACGCCUGUGCACAGUCACGCAGGGAGAUGUGAUUACACUGGAGAAAGGACACCAGCUCAGUGUCUGGGUACACGACCUCUCACUGGUGGACUACAAGGAUGGUGCAACAACCUUUGGGAUGUACAAACUGUAGGAGUCCUAUAUCAGCACAUACAUGGACCUAAGCUGAAGAGUGGGAACUCAUUAGGUGGAUGGAAGCUACUGAGAACACUUAUAAAUGGACUGGAAACUAAUGCUUUCUUUUGAUUUUUUUUUUGUGGAUUUCAGAAGACCACAUUCCUAAACUAUAAUUUAUUAAAUCACAUAUCAUUUUGUUAUUGCUUUGGCAGUAUUGUGAAUGGUUGUUCUGUAUUUAUUGAUGUAAAUGGAGUUGUAUGGCUGUGAAAUGAAACUUUGAUAUUUAAUCUAAAAUAUUUCUUCUCUUUAUGUUUUUCUUGCAUUAGCCCCAUUUCAGGAGUUAGUUAGAAAUAAAGAAGAUAAACACAUUAGACUAAAAAAUCCAGACUGAAACAAAAAUGUGUUCAGAGUUGGGUUACACAGCUCUACUGUGUGCAUGUCCCAGUUUGGAUAAUUUCUGCAUGAAAAUGCAGAGUAUUUUAAAAUGGUGUAAAGGAAAGAUGUGCAUUUUAGUCCUAAAAAAAAUCGUAAUUAUUAAUUCUGACUCCAGAUGUUUUGAGUCAGAAUUACUCUGGUGACCAGGUGAACUUUAACAAGUUAAAAGUACCCAGAUUCAUCACCAGUAUUAACACAGCAAAGUUCUCUUCUGGCAAACCCAAAAAGAUCCUCCAUGGGCUACUCAGAAAUCAAACUUUUUCCUAUUUGUUGUAAAGUGCAAAACCUACUGCAUUUUGCAAUCUAGCGCAGUCUACACCACUAUGGUUUUCGAUUUCUAGAUGACAAGAAACCACAUAGCUAAAAUGCAUUUUCUCAUAAUGCUAAGCCACAAGAAACUGGACCACUGAAGAUGCAGGUUACCACUAAAGAUGGUCUGUAAUGAAAAUAAUAGCGAAGAAACUAAAAAUCAAAACUGACUGAUGUUUUCAGUGGUAAAAGAUUAUCGUCUUUGUGUGAAGCAAAUUCAGCGUCAACAUCGGAUUAUUUAAGGACCACACCUUAAUUAACUCCUUAAUCACAAAUCAUGUACAUUUUAUUUUCCUGCUGAAAAUUUUUUCAAAGCAUGCUGCAGAAUUUCCACUUGAAUUUUAAUGUCCUUUCCAGGCAGCUAUUGUUUCCUAUUCAUUUCCAACGUGGUAUAUGAUUCGUAUGUUAAACUCUUGAAACUUUGUUGAAAAUAUAGGCACUACCUCACAACGACAAUAAAACUUUGACACAAAUGAUUGUAGACUAUUCACUAUGAUAGGUUACACAGCUCUCAGUCUGCCAUUUGAUGUUUAUACUGUAUAAAAUUUAAUUUAGACCAAUGUAAGUUUCCAGGUUUUGUAGUGGAACUGGAAUGAAAACUUAUAGUAAUUGUCCUAUUAAAAUGCAAAUGUAGUUUAAA